CCGGAAGUUUUCUUCUUCUUCUUCUCUUCUUCCUCUCCGCCUUCCUCUACACGCGAACUUCUCUCCAACUCCCAUGUAAACAGUAGCGCUAACUCUCUCGCUUAGUUCCCCACUGUCGCCGCUUCCCUCCGAUCGCCGGAGCCGGCUCUGUGAGAACAAUCCACCUCGCGCCAAACGGCAACAGACGAAGAGUACGGAGGAACGAAACCGACAACGAGAUGAGACGAACUAGUGAUAGCAAUGGAGGAGGAAGAGGAUCUGUCGUAGGUUCCAGAGCUCUCGCUUCCAUCAACAACAGCGCCUUGGAUACUAUCAACGCCGCUGCCAACCGCAUCGCCUCCGUCGAGAAUCGUCAUUCUCAGGAGGCUUCCGCCGCCGCCGCGUCUGCUCAGAAGAAGAAAUGGGGAGGCUGCUGGAGCAUAUACAGCUGCUUCGGGUACCAGAGGAGCAGGCAACGAAUUGGACAUGCUGUGUUCAUCCCUGAACCACGAACUUCUGGUAGUGGAAACCAAGCCCCAACUGUUGAAAACCCUAAUCACCAACAACCACCACCACAAGUCGUGCAUCCUUUCAUGGCACCACCUUCCUCCCCUGCAUCUUUCAUCCCAUCAGAACCUCCUUCUGUCACACAGUCACCGGCUGGUAAAGUCUCCCUCUCCAUGUACUCUCCACCCGGACCCUCUUCCAUUUUCGCCAUCGGCCCGUAUGCCCACGAAACCCAGCUGGUCUCACCGCCAGUCUUCUCAACCUUCAACACCGAACCAUCAACUGCUCCCUUCACACCUCCACCGGAAUCCGUCCAUCUCACCAACACACCUUCCUCCCCUGAGGUUCCUUUUGCUCAGCUCCUUGAGAGAUUCCCUUUAUCCCACUACGAGUUUCAGCAGCGGUAUCAGUUCCACCCUGGCAGCCCAGCUGGCCAACUCAUCUCCCCUCGGUCAGGGAUUUCGGGUUCAGGUGCUUCGUCUCCUUUCCCUGAGGGUGAUUUCCCUGCUGCAGGGUUCCCGUUUAUGGAGUUUCGUGGUGGAUCAUCGCAUCAGGGAUCUGGAGCGUUGACACCGGACUCUGUGAGGCCAGCAGGAUCAAGCAGCAGCAACAACUUUGGUCUUCUAGACCGGCAGUCUUCUGAUCUUGCAAGUAGCCAUCGGGUCUUCUUCGAGCUGACUGCUGGUGCUCGUCUGACUCCUCGCGAAGAGCCCAUUGCAGCAUCUUCUCUUAGAACUGCUCUGGAAUCCAUAGAGAAUGGAAUGCUGAAAGAGAAUCAACAGAAAGAGCCUGUCCAUGGUUUCGAGACUCCUGUUGGUGAAACGUCCAAUAAUGGCACGCCAGAGAAAGCUCCAGAUGCCCCAACCCAUUUUAGGCAUCGGACGAUAACAUUCGGCUGUUCCAACGAUUUCGAUUUCGGAAGUUCAGGGAGAGAAGAGCUUGAUAGCAUUGCCUCACAUGUCAUUGCAUCACAUCAAGGACCUGCUGCAUCAAGCAACUUUGUUCUAGACCGACAGUCAUCUGAUCUUGGUGAACUCCCACAUCUGGACGGUGGACGUGAGAAAAACCAAGUUGCGUAUCAAAGGGUCUUUUUCGAGUGGACUGCCGACGAUCGUUUGAGGUACGAGGAGCCCAAGACGCAGCCGGCAUCUUCUGUUGAAACUGCAGCAGAGUGUACAGAAAGUGGAAGCAAACCUGAAACAGAGGAGACAUUGUUACACAGUGAGGUUAUACAUGGUGGUGAAACAUCAUCCAACGGCGCAGCAGACAAAGCUGGGAAGGAGAAAGCUGAGGAAGGGGCACCACCAACCCAUUGUAGGCAUCGGACUAUAACGCUAGGCUGUGUCAAAGAUUUCGACUUUGAAGAAGAGGAAGAAAAUCCAGAAGGAGAAGGUACCCAGAAGCCCAACAAUGAUGGGCCGGAGUGGUGGGCCAAUGGGAAGCAGGGGGAGGCUCUUGAGAACUGGUCUUUCUUUCCUGUAGCCCAGCCUGGUACAGUGAUCUAGCCUACUACCUUGACUAUCUUCCUGCGUUUUGGCCUUUUGCGCUCGUAACAGUCAAAUUUUGGGCUGAAGUUCUGGAAGGGUUAUCCUUACCGACUAACUACGUGUAGGCUGCUUUUGAGAGUUUUGCAGGCCCUUUUGUGGCGUGAAACCAAUGGCCGGUAGUUAUGUUCUUACCUAAGUAUACCAUAGAUCUUGGUGCACAUCUCUUUUCCACUUCCAGUUUAAGCUAGAACAAGUUGUAACGUAGAGUGAUGAAAUGGAGGAAUGGCUUAGACAUUUAACAACGUUACGGCUUUUGAAUUCGAU